ACCGCUCCUACUUUUGAGAAGCCAGAAUAUGGUGUGCUUGUGUCAAAGAAACAGAACAUCAUUUGUGCAUUUCACUAGGAAUCAAUGACUUUUCCAAAAUGCAAAGAAAGGAAUAGGCAGCACCUUUCACAUUGAGAGAGAACAACUUUCCAAAGGAUUUGUUGGAAUAAGAUGAGCCAACAACAACAAGCCAGACAUGGUCGAAUCAUAAAUGUUGGCUAAAUCUGAGGAUCUAUACUACUUCUAGCCUAGACGUUUUUUUUUACAUUCCUGUCUUGGAUUUGACACUGGAUGAAAGAAAGUUCACUGUCUGGGAUAAGAUCAUAAACGGAUGUUAAGUGGAAAUUGGACCAAUGUCACAACAAAUUCCAGCAUCAGAAUAGACCACAAACCUCUGUCUCCAGAUCUAUCAAGGCGGGCGGACCACUCCACCGAACCGGGGAGAAUGACACCACUGCUGUGGAUCCUUUGGAGUUUCAUCGCUAUGGUGCAGGGGGACUUUGUGGAGCCCUCUCCCUCGUACACCUUGGAAUCCCUGGCUGAGGCUGAGACCCGGCUGCCCUGCCAGUUCAAGGUGGAAGUGGGCCAGGUGGUGGUUCAGGUCACCUGGACCAAGGAGAAAGCAGAUGGCACCAAGGACCAGAUCAUCACAGUACACCACACCGACGGACACACAGAGUUUGGUCAGUACUCAGGGCGUGUGCGGUUCAGCAGCAGGACACCCACCGUGGACUCAUCCCUGAUCAUCAUGAACACCGUUGAGUCAGAUGAAGGCAGGUACAACUGUCACAUCAGCACCUUCCCCUCGGGGAACUUCGAACGACAGCUGUCACUCACCGUGUGGACCACGCCCAUCUCCUCCCUGGACCCUGUGAUCCUUGUCGAAGGCCAGUCCUUCCAAUUGGCUGCAUCCUGCCGCUCUGUGGCCCGCCCUCCGCCCCACCUCUCCUGGGACACAGAACUACCAGGCCAAUCACACAACAGGAGUUUGGAGGGUGGUUCAGUCUCCACCCACUUCUCUCUGCAUCCCCUGAGGAGUAUGGAUGGGAAGAGGCUGGACUGUCUGGUGACGCACCCGGCUCUGAAGGGACCACGCAGGAUCACCAACAACCUGGUGGUGCACUAUCCUCCCAAUGCAGAGAUCUCUGGUUUUGAUCAGAACUGGUAUGCUGGUCUGGAGGAAGCUGCCCUCAGUUGUGUCAGUGGAGGAAACCCCAAACCACAGAGUUUCAAUUGGACCAGAAAGGGCGGAGACUUACCAGAGGGCGUGACCACAGGGAAUGGAUCCUUGCUGUUUAAUAGGCCCCUCAUCCUGACGGACGCUGGCAUCUACCAAUGUGUGGCCAUGAACUCUGUGGGGGCGGAUAACGCAGAGGUGGAGAUCACUGUGACAGAGUUGCCUCAGAAGCAGGCGUCGUUCGACAGUCUCCUGAUGGUAAUAGUGGGAGGAGUGGCCGGAGUACUGCUUCUAGUCAUGAUCAUCAUCGUCAUCUCUGUGACCCGUCACCACAAACACAAGAACAAGAAACUGUCGAGGGAACUCACUGUGAGGAAGGAGGAGAUCAGUACUCUCUCCAGACAGGCAUCUUUCAGGAAAAUGAACUCAGUCAGUAUGGACACUAGAGGACAGACAGAGGAGGAAAUCCCUCUCAGAAUGGAGGGGACACUGCGGACCAGUCUGUCCUCCGUAGUGGAGCAAGGGCGCAUUAGGGAGAGUCGAUCUACUCUGGUAGGGAGCGGGGGGGCUAGACUACCUGGGUCGACCUGUUCUGUACAAUUCUUCACGAAGAGGGAGGGAGAGCAGAGCCAUGGACAGAGAGGAGGAGAACAGACUUAGGGUGGAGUCAAAUGAGCAGAACAGCACCAUGUCUUUGUCAAACCAUCUCCACCCCCCCUCUCCAACCCUUUCCCUUCCCCAUGGAACAGUCCGUCGAGCUGCUGAGGUCCCUGACCGGCAGUGCCAUCAUCCCAAUGGAGUGGGGUUUACAUAUACGACAGGGGCCCGGUAGCAGGAACA